AUGGACGACGAUGUCCAGAUCGCCAACAUACAUAUUCUGAACUGCAGCAUCUUAUCCGUGUAUGUUUGGAUAGCCAUCGCGGUGACAUAUGUCUCCGAGAUCCGCUCAAUUGCUGUCGUUGGGAUCUGGCUAGAUCUCGCCGUGCAACUGGGUUGUCUAGUAUUCGGUGAGCUCGUCAACUAUUUCAGCUGGGUGGAAAUACUUGGACGCCAGCUUGGCCGAUAUCAUUGGAUUUUUUCCUUGCCGAUUUUUCUUGGGUUGAGGUCCCUGGCUGCUGGCAAGAAUGGUCACUGUUUGCGUUUCUGGGAGGGCAGCCAACCGCUGCGUCAAGUUGAUGUAUGCAACGUCGAGGAAUGGAAGGACUUCCGGGGAAGCAUCUACUUCCGAGAUGGCGCUCUCACCCAGCAUGGUCGUACGAUGCCUGCCUUUCCCAUCAACAUCACGGCUUGUUUCGCCAUAGCCGGGGGCAAUCAACCAGACCUGCAGGAAGACUGCCACUUUAUGGUGCGACCCGUGUUCCAAUGUGAUGAUGACGGUCCCGACGGCGGGUUACCACAAUCCUGUGUCGAGCCACGUGCUUGCGCAUGGGCGAUCACUGCGAACACCAGCAGCAGCAUUCCCCAGCCGCCCCAAACCCCGAGCUGUUCCAGUUCGGGCCUCUGCGGUUUCGUUACUGACCUUGAGCAGCUCAUGCCUGGUAUGCUGCAGGUGAAUGCGAGCAUGAGCGCCUUUGAAGACGCCCUGGAGACAGCUGGACGGCACUUCCCAGGACUCACAGCAGCAAGCCCGUUGUUGUACCUCGUCAACCCGGUCGAGGUGACUGGAUCUCUUUGA